AUAAGGCAUCCUCAGUGAGCAGAGCAUCUAAUUGAUAAGCUAUGUUUUCACUUCACCAAAUAAUUUAAUUUCCACCGCCACAGUGUUCCUCCGAGCUCUGCAACGGAAUGGAUCUCAGUUUAUAAUAAUCAUAUGCUCUUCUUCUUCUUCUUCUUCAACAACAACACUAUCAUUUGAAAAACACAUUAGACAGAGAUGAGCAUCACCACUUAUGGAUGUUGCUGCCGCUGCUACUCCACACAGUCGUCCAAUUCCUUGGUUUCUUUGUUCUCUUCCUCUUCAUUUGCAGUUGCAGACUCCAACAACCUUCUUCGUUUGAGGCAGCCUCAGCCUCAGCCUCUGCUUGUUUCUGCUUCUGCUCCUCUAUCCAACAACGACGACGACGCUAAUGAUUCCAGCGCAGGAAGAAGACAAUCCAUCAAAGGCUCGGGAACUACAGCUAGAGGACGCAGAUUGCUUAGAAUUCGCGACGAGAAACAGCAACGGGAAAACUACCGCCUUAACAAUUACCCUGCUUGGGCAAAAGUCCUUGAAGAUGCUUGCAAAGACGAUACUGAGCUCCGUGCCGUUCUUGGAGAUACUAUUGGCAACCCUGAACUCAUGAGGAAACGGGUUGAAGAUAGAGUGCGGAAGAAGGGUAGGGAUUUUAGUAAGUCAAAAACAGGAUCUGUGCUUGCUUUCAAAGUCAGCUUUAGAGACUUCAAUCCAGUUGAUUCAUAUAUAUGGUUUGAAUUGUUUGGAUCACCAUCUGAUCAAGACGUUAAUAUAAUUGGUAGUGUUAUUCAGUCAUGGUAUGUCAUGGGUCGCCUUGGUGCCUUCAAUUCUUCAAAUUUGCAGCUGGCGAAUUCAUCAAUGGAGUAUGAUCCUGUAUAUGAUGCAGAUAAGGGUUUCAAAGUGAUGCCAUCAUCUUUCCAUGAUAUCAGUGACGUUGAGUUCCAGGAUAACUGGGGACGUAUUUGGGUGGACCUGGGUACAUCUGAUAAUUUUGCAAUUGAUGUUCUUCUCAACUGCCUAACUGUCUUAAGCUCAGAAUAUCUUGGUAUCCAACAGAUUGUUUUUGGUGGUCGCUGCAUGGGUGAUUGGGAGGAGGGGAUGACAAACCCUGACUAUGGUUACAAAUACUUCAAGAUCUAAAUUGAUUUCAUUCCUUGCCCUGUGCUUUUGAUUUGGCUCAAAAGUGAUUGGGAGGAGGGGAUGACAAACCCUGACUAUGGUUACAAAUACUUCAAGAUCUAAAUUGAUUUCAUUCCUUGCCCUGUGCUUUUGAUUUGGCUCAAAAAAGUACAGCAGGUGGUUCAGUGACAUUAUGCAUUCAAAAUAACAUGUCCUCCGGUUUUCACGUUAUUGGUUGCUACAAUCUUUGGUCUGAAUGGUUAUCUUUAACUCACCAUGAGUUCCCAAUCGUGCUUGGUUGCCACUUACCGCAUAGAAUUUUCGUGUACGAUUUGGAGCGAGAAACCUAGAAAAUUACCUGUGUUGGAAAUGAGAAAUGCCUCGUAGGUGCGGCCUGUGAAAUGAUUUACAUUUUAAUUGCUAUUUUGAUUAAGUAUCAA